CCCCGGAAGUGGAAGCCGCGGCGGCGCUGCCCCUCAUUCUCUCGCAUCCCGCGGCGCGCAGGAGGCUUUCCCGCGUGGGCCUGUGCUUCUCGGGCCGCCAUGAGCCUGCCCCUCAACCCCAAGCCUUUCCUCAACGGGCUGACGGGGAAGCCAGUGAUGGUGAAGCUGAAGUGGGGGAUGGAGUACAAAGGCUACCUCGUCUCCGUCGACGGCUACAUGAACAUGCAGCUUGCAAACACAGAAGAGUACAUAGACGGUGCAUUGUCCGGGCACCUGGGUGAAGUCUUGAUAAGGUGCAAUAAUGUUUUGUACAUCAGAGGUGUGGAAGAAGAGGAAGAAGAUGGAGAAAUGAGAGAAUAAGUGGUUUUGUAUAUCUGGAAAUAAACUUUUUUUGUUUGUUUUUGUUUUCCAUACCUU